AUGUCAUCGGCCGUGGAUACGGUGCCCCCUUUGUCCCCAGCUACGUCGAGCCACAGUGACCUUAGCUUUGAAGAACCCGAGCCUGAUCUAUCAACAAAGCCCCUGCCGUUUCCCCCUCCACCCGGAUCUGCGGGAAAGCUUGGUGAAAGCAAUGAAGUUCUCCCGGCUUUGCAAGUAGCAGGUGGUGAUCCCGAGGGUCUGGAUCCGAUUGCCGAAGAGGAAUUAGACCCUGGAAGUUUUGACCUGGUGCGACCAGUCGACCAAGAUGGUGGCACCACGGGCAAAUACAAGUUGGAGCACCGUUCCGAAUUGCUCUUCUCAAGUCGCCAUUUGGAGGCCAUCUUUGACGAUUCGGCAGAGCUGCAUCGGUUUUCCCAGUUUCUAUACAAGCACCGGCCCGCGUCAGUUCCACUAUUGACGUACUUCUUGGAGGCUCUCAAGGCACUACGAGCCAUCGAAUACAGCAAUGCUGUGUUGAGAAAGCUUGGACCACUGACCGACUUUGACUUUACACACGAGAUCUUUCAGGCGCACCCAACGUCUAAUCAGGAGUUGCAGACAAAGGCGAAUGCUGCCUUUGACAUACUAGCCCGUGAAGAUCUUCCCAUGUACAUCACACAUGUCUGGAUUCAAACAGUGUCCGUGUCUAUCAGACAUCGGGUUAUGGGCAUGCCGAGCCAUGCUUCUGAAGGCUUGGCCGAAGUGUUUUGCCUCACCGAUCCGUCGAGGCACGACAACCCCAUUGUGUUCAUGUCUGAAGAGUUCAAUCGGACUACGCAGUACGGGGUGGACUACGUCAUCGGGAGAAACUGCCGCUUCCUGCAGGGACCGUAUACAAAUGCAUUUAGCGUCACCCGUAUCAGGGAAAAGCUAGAAAACGGAAUCGAACACUAUGAAACGUUCCUCAACUACAGGCGCGACGGUUCUCCAUUUAUGAACCUUGUCAUGAUUGCGCCGUUGUACGACAGCCGGGGAGUUAUUCGAUACUUUAUCGGCGCCCAGGUCGAUGUGUCUGGCCUGGCCAUGGGCUGCUAUGACCUUGGAUCGCUGAAGCGAGUAGUUGAUGAAGACUCACGGCGUGACGCAGGUGAAAAGGUUCAAAACCGCACCAGAGACGAAUUCACCCAGUUAGCUGAGAUACUUGGCCCGAAAGAACUCGAGAUUGUCCGAGAUCGUGGCGGCGACAUGCAUCGGCUUCCCCUGCAAUCCGAGACGGGGCUGCAUCGUGACGAGCAGAUUGCCUUGACCAAGCCGACGGCGGACACUGCCCGAGACUCCGUGCAACAUGCGCGCCAAAGCUCGAAGAAUCGGGUCAUCCUGGGCGAUCAAGAUGCACAGAAUGCAGUGCCGCCGUUGGGGGAUUCGAUGCGACCAUUCAGCUCCUCUACCACGGCAGCGGCCCUUGCCGCAAGACACAACGGCCGCCUUACGGGCGUUUAUGAGAAUUACCUGCUCGUCAGACCGUAUCCGUCACUUCGGAUCCUCUUCACAAGUCCUUCCAUGCGCGUCCCUGGCAUUCUGCAGUCACCGCUGCUGGAUCGAAUUGGAGGGUCUAGUCGCAUGCGAGAUCAGCUUGUCCAGGCUUUGGCCAACGGGCAAGGGGUCACGGCCAAGGUGAAAUGGCUCACGGUGAACCAUAGGAGACAUGGUCACCGCGCUCCUAAAAAGAGGAAUAGUGGCGACCACCCUUUGGAAGCACAUCUGCGCAUUGAUGAUCAUGACGACAUUGAGGACCCGGGCAGGCCUCGAUGGCUUCACUGCACACCACUCGUGGGCUCCAACGGCAAUGUUGGUGUUUGGAUGAUUGUCAUCAUAGAUGAGGAACCAGACGCGAAUAGCCAUUCUUCCCCCCGUCACGUCCCCAUCACGGAAAGCAAGCGGCCCGAUAGUGCUUUAUCAAGCAGAUCCGUUGACGACCAGAAUGCGCCACGUCCAGGCCAUGGCGCAUCGCCAUUGAGAGCCAAACUCCGCCCGAGGCGGUCCUCAGAAACGCUUGGUUUCGACCCUUCCAAGACACAGGAUGCAUCAGUCACCAGGGCGAUACACCAGCAGCAUUCUCUCAACGCGCUCCGUGCUCCCAAACCGACACUGCAAACACCCGGCGUGGCUGCGCGGUUCUUCAACCUCGAGGCAUUGUCAAUGGCCACGCAGGCAGGCAGCUCUACCCAACAGCGCAGGGAAAGUAAUCGCAGCGCCAGAGCCAGUCGGGAAGCGGACGAAGAGCGGUACACGCCGCUGACCUGGCCAUUGCCGCCAUCUAGUCCUGCUGGACUGAGGAGACUGCGUGAAGGGAGCAUUAGAGUCCCGUCAAUGAUACGGGAGACGUCAUCAGAACGGGCAGUUGUUUGGGGAAACAGGAGCGACGGAGACGCCUCUUCCAUCGUGAGCCAGGGCUCGGCAUUCACGGUGAGAAUAGAAGAAGAUUGA